UUCUCUCUCAAUCAAAGUCGCCAUUUUUGUCCUACCUCUCCGGUUUGUACGUCAAGCCUUUCUUUCACUGGAGUUGGUCCGAGUUUUUCUAGUGUUGAAUUUCUGUUGAAAAAGUGAUUUUCGGUGGCCGAAAAGUGUACCAAGCGGAAGUUUGGCCCAGGGCGGACAUUUUCCGGUCGGCAGAGUGUGGAUUCAGAACCGAUGUGAGGUGUUUUGUGCGUUUGGAAAAGUUGGCAAUUUUCACCCUUCCUAGUUUUCUUCUCACCGUCAUUCGCCGAGAGUGGGAGGAGGUGGCGAAGAAAGAAAAGAUCCCUCUGUGUUUAUUAAACGCAAUGGUGGCCGAUGGCUAAGCGGGGAGUCAGCCUUUCUUUAUUGUGAGGAAUUUUUGUUCUUGUUUUAUUCUGUGUGGCGAUUUGCGACAUCCCGACGACAACAAACUGGAACUGCAGCAGCAAGUUCAGCAGGUUGGUAUUGGAAUCGGUAAGCGAUGAGUGACUCCGACGAUGACAUCAUGGCCGGAGGUGGCGGAGUGACCCGCAGUAGCCGUCGGCUACGGCGCAGAACCGGACCUCCGGGGACGCCGUCUGCUGUCGGUGGUCCGGCACCAUCAACGUCCAGGGGAACAAGAUCAGCGGCCAUCAAUCGGAGGCGACUGCGGGACGACGAUAGCGACGAACAGUCAUCGGAUGCGGAUCGGAACGGAAGCAGCGAUAGUGGCAGCGAAAUUGAGCAAUCCGCACGCAAGAAGAAGGCCAAGAAGUUUGUGGAGGAUGACGAAGCGGGUCCGAGUGGAACGCAGCAGCCCACCGGCAACGACAGCUCCGAGUGGGAAUCCGACUGGAACAGCGACGACGAAAAGGCGCUUCUCAAUUCCGGCGGUCAACAGGCAGCCGCGGCCCUGGUUAGCAAACUGGGCUACGCUUCGGACUCGUCCACGAGUAGCAACGACAGCGAAAAGUGUCCUAUCUGUUUGCUGUCGUUGAACGACCAGGAGAUCGGUGUUCCGGAAGUGUGCGACCACAUAUUCUGCGCUCCCUGCAUCGAAGAGUGGUCCAAAAAUGUCACGACCUGUCCAAUCGACCGAAAGAAUUUCGAUGUCAUCAACGUCUACAAGAGCGUCGAUCGGAAGCAGUUGGUUCGCAAAAAUCAUGUCCAAGUGAAGGCGGCCGACGAGGUGCCUCUUGUUGAGGACCAUGAGCUGACCAAUUGCGAAAUCUGCCGUCGACCGGAUCGAGAGGAUACGAUGCUCCUGUGCGAUUCGUGCAAUUUGGGCUAUCAUAUGGACUGCCUGACUCCUCCGCUGGAAGAAGUUCCGUCGGGAUCCUGGUACUGCGAUUGUUGCUUUGCUUCGGGUUCCGAUGAGGACGACGAAGAAGUUGAAGAUCUACUGAACGAUCUCGACGACAUUGGAGGAGUGCGCCAAACUCGACUUCGCAUGCGUAUGAAUAGUCCACCAAGGAUCGCUCGCACCAGACAAAGCGAACGCAUCCGGGCAACGAUUCUCACCCGUACUGCAACUGCCGUUAGAUUGAAUAUAGUGGAAGAUGUGGACCAACCUGGCCCAUCAACUAGAGCUAGAAGUGGUACUGUUUCGACGCCGGGCAGAUCAGCUACGGCACCGUCGAGAACAGUACGCAAGCGUCGGAAGCGUCGAACUCGAAGAAAAAUUCUGAAAAUGAUCAUCUCAGAGUAUGACGUGGGUAAUGAUGAUGAGAAAUUCGCUAUUAAGAGAAAGAAAAUUUAUAAUACUUUGAAAAAGCUCAGCAAGAAACGCUCGAAACGCAAGCGAGCUUCCCGCAAGAAAAAGACUGCGGAACUCACAUCUGGGUUGAAUUCAGAAUCGGCUGAUGUUCAACGUCAGCGUUUUAGUACCGGCAUUCCAACGUUGAAGAUUUUUGGAGGAGCAAACGAUUUGGAUUACUUUUCGGAUGAAGACGCUGGAGACGAGUUCCAGGAAGAUGCAUCGAUCGGAGGUCGAGGCGAAACGGCUGUUUCCAGCGUUCGUGAAGUAUUGCGUAAUCCACUGAGACGCAGACGUGCUAUAAAGAGCGGCUUCGAAGCCAGUUCGACUAGUGGAUCGGUUGAUUUGCUCGGUAGUAUUAUGGAGAGUCAGGAACGUUGGCAUUCCAAAAAGGGAUUGGGAGAUGUGAAGAUUGAUAAUGGUAAAAUUAUCUUCAAAAACGAUAGUCCUCAAAAAAAGGAUUCGAAUCCCCCGGGAGCUACCCAAGCUGGAAUUGGGAAUAACUCUCAGGGAAGUGUUAGCGUAUCGGAGUCUAACACCGGGGUGGCCGAUUCCACUAGUUCCAAUCGUAACGGGCAGUCUGCUGAAGUGGGAGACUCUUCAAUUGCUGCCGCAACUGGUUCGGCAUCCGGAGCUGGUGGUGGCAAUGACGAGAACAAUGACAGCGUACCGGAUCCGUCAGAUAUGUCGAUCUUUGUGGAUUUACCACCCCUAAAGAAUCCCGGCGAAGAAGAUGAUGAUGAAAAGAAAAAGAAGAAAGCAUCAUUUGAUAUGUUUGGAUCGGAACCUAUUCCACUGCCUUCUGCUUCGACAUCAGGGCAGCCAACCACAGCAUCGAUUAAUCCAGCUCCCGAAAGCACUACUGGUGAUGAUGGUCUUGCACCAGGUACUUCAAAAGGAUUUGGCAAAUUCAAGUACACAAUGACUUCAGAAGCCAACAACUGCCCUAACUUUUCGGUUUAUUCGUCAGAAACUCUUCAGUAUGCCAAAACAGGUGGCGAAGAGCCGUACGAUCCGUUGGAUAGUGAGCAGAAAACAGAUGAUGAGUUCGAAGAGCGUGAUGAAGAUUUGGUUCAGUUAGAUGACGAAGAGCCGGCAGCCCCAAAGCCUCAGGACGCUCCUGCUGAACCCGAUCAAGAGCAUAUUCCAAAUGGAACCGAUAAGCUUCCAGCUGGCGAUUUGGAUCACGAUGCUUUUGAUUCUGAUUCCGAUGACGAGCUGAAAAAGAUCGAAGAAUCGUCUGCUCCAAUUGGUCCGGAACCUGAACCUACAAAUGAGUUGGAAGCGCUGACACCGCCACUUACUACAACCGUUGCCGCUGCUUUGGCUUCUUCUGGAACGACCGUUACAACAACAGCCGGACUACAGACUGCAACGGUGGUGGUCGGCGAAGCAAGCACGACCACUGCCAGUGCAGCUCCUGCUAACUCGGCUCAGGGAGAAGAGGAUCGCAGCUACACUCCUUGCUUGGACGAGAAGUAUCAGGAGGCUCGCCGAGAACAGGACAAGAGUGGAACAACACCAACAAUGCCACCACCGUCUAGGAAGGAAGGAAUUGAUGGCAUGGACACCGAAAUGAUUUCUGACGAGGAUGAAAAUACGUUCAAAGAAGACGAUGCCCGACCAACAUCGGCAUCUAAACCAUCAUCCUCGGGUGCACGCAAGAAGGAUCUUACCUUCAAGAAGGUAAAUAAGAAAGGAAAGGAACGUAAUUAUCGUGACAAGGAAACCAAGAAACGAGAUCGGAACGACAAUGACAAGGAGAAUCACGAACGCCGCUCACGAGAACGUAACCGGCAACGUCGUCCGAAGAGGAAGGAACUGCAGCGUUACGAUGUUCGUACCAUGAUUGAGAAACGUCCGAGAGUCGUCAAAGAUCCCUUCGGAAGGGAUGUUACUCCGAGACCGCGUACCAAAACUCGCAGUCGUAGCCGCAGCCGAAGUCGUACUCCGGAACGCCGCAGGGAAUUGUCAAUUUCACUUAGCCCAGAACCGCCCCGUCGAUUCACCAGAAGACGCUCGCCUUCUCCGAGGUUCCGAGCACGAAAUCGUUCGCCACUGCCGUUCCGUAGAAACGCUUCAAGAUCGCCGUCCAGAGGUCCCAGGUUGCGAUCUCUCAGUAGACAGCGGUCUAGGUCUCCAAUAGUUGCACGACCACGAAUAAUUGCAAGAUCCAUCACCAGAUCACCUUCCCCUCCCCCUCGUGUGCGGCUUCCACGAUCGUUAUCGAGAACACCGAAGUCACGCUCUCGCACGCCGGAUCUGCGCGGAGCGAAGACAAAGAAAACCAAGAAAAAGAAACGUCUACCAUCGGCGGCAAGCAGAAGUCGCAGUCCUAGUGUUGAUCGUGGCAAGAAAAAUAAAAAGAAGGGUCGAAAGAAGAAGAACAAGCACCGCAGUAGAUCUCCUGGUGGCAAAAAGAAAAAGACAAGAAGGAGAUCCGCAUCACCGAUGAUGUCACGCUCCCGCUCUAGGUCUACGUCGAUUCUUCCGGCUCAAACAACUGGAGUCCUUACGGAGCGAUUCGCCAAGGUACGACAGCAGAAUUCAUGGACUCCUCCGCCACCGGUCAGGCCAAAAACAAACGGCACCAAUCUGACGGUGAUUUUAACUAACGAGGAAGCACUAGCAAAACAAGCUAAGGAACGUGAGCGGAAGCGAAAAGAAGCCAGACGCCGAGAUCGGGCACGUGACAAAAACCUACCCUCGAAGGAAGUAUUUACAUCAGGUGAUAAUAUAUUAGUUAGUGUUAGUUUUAACGACAAGAAUUUGAAUAAGGAAAACGAAACAGCUGCCGAGGGUGAGGCCGCUGCGAUUACACAAAAGAGAUUGAAAGACCUGGCCAAGAAGCGAGCAGAAGCAGAAAAAGCCAAACGAAGGCGUUUGGAGCGGUUGAAGAAGACUCGCGGGGAGGCUCCCAAACCGGUAGUUAUCAUCGACCUGGACAGAUCACCGUUCCGAGUGAUGACGCCUUCUCCCAGGGCGGUCAUUGUGCUCAGUGACAGCGACAACGAUAAGGACAAAGAUCGCAGGGAAGUUGAUACGAGUAGAGCCGGUGCAGCUGGUAAUCAGCAAGUUAACGCAGAGUCCAGUACUAAUGGGCCAUCCUCGACGAUGCGCAAGUCACCUGCCGAACGACAUGAAGAGGACAUGUUUGGCCCGAAAACACCUCCCGGCUUCCCCAGUCAACCACAACCCUCGCAGAGUAAACCUCAGGCGCCAAAGUUUUCGAUGCAAGUCAAAUCGAAAGCGUCCAAUAUUCGUCCUAUGAAUCUCCUGUACGAGCCAGGUGAGUUAGACGAAGGCAAAACUCCCGAGCGAAUGGAUAAUGCCGAAAGCUCUUACAAUAUGGUCGGUCCCAAUACACCCCCCGAACCGGCUCCACAAUCUCCUUCACCGGAUGUGUACGAUCCGUUCGAACCAACGAAAUCUCCUUCUCCGUCACCUCCACGGCGGGACAACGUUUCCAUCGAGCGUCUUUCUGACCUGGACGAUGCCGUUCUUCCAUCCAGCAGUAGCAAACCAGACGGUCCUGAUUCCGGUACCGUAGGUGAUCCAAAGGCUGACUCUCAGAAUGCAGACGAGGCAAUUAAUGGUGAAUCAGAUGGCCCAAGGGGCAACAAAAUUACAAUCCUCAGCAACAUAGUCAUAAGUCAGCCGACAAAUAGCGUUUCUGGCGUUGUCAGCGGAUCCGGUGUCGUUUCGGCAAGUCAAAACAAUGGCGGCGACGAUUCGGAUGUGAUCUUCGACGACUUCGUGUCGUCUUCGGCACCCGUUCCGAGCAGUAACGUCGGCUACAGCAGCAACGCCAACCAGUCAAACCCCAUCAAGUCGUACAGUACGGCUGCGAACUCGUCGAGCCUGAUCUCGAAACUACCACUGCCACCGGGAGCCUCUGCCGGUCAGAAGUUCAACGACUUCAUCAACCCAACCGAUUCGCCGUACUCACCCGGAGCGAGCGAUUUCGACGAUCUGUUCGAAGCGGGUGGCGAUUUGGAUUCGCCCCCGCCGGCACCGGUGAAGCAGUCCUACAAACCGACCAAGAUCGUUUCGAAAGGAGCCAAAAAGGGCGGAAACUUCGAUACGCUGUUUGGCGGUUCGCCGGUGAAUAACUUCAAGCGUGGCAAGAAGGGAGGUCAUAAGCGAAAAGCCAAGGCGAAGGGCGAUGAUGAGGAGGAUCUGUCCAAGUUGUCAACGAAGGAUAGGUUCCUUAAGAAAUUGAAUCGAUUAGAGAGAGUAGUAGAGGAAGUCAAACUGGUCAUUAAACCGUUCUACAAUAAGAAACAAAUCAACAAGGAUGAGUACAAAGACAUUAUGCGACGUGCUGUCCCUAAGAUUUGCCACAGCCGUACAGGGGAAAUCAACCCGAUCAAGAUCCAGAAGCUCAUCAAGGCGUACGUGCGCAAGGUUCGAGCUAGACGGCGUUUGGCAAAGAAGGGGAAUCUUAGCAGUGGACCCGGUCCGCUUCUAGCUCCCGGCGCGACAAAUGCAAUAAUCAUCUAAGCGUGAUUGUUGACCGCUGCCGACUGUUCCUUCACCAGUACACGGCCGAGAUAACGUCAUCCGGAACAUCAGCAAUACACGCAGCUUCCCUACACAAUUACAAACAUACCCUUACAGAUGUACACAACAACACACAUACUGCAUUCCCGUACUGACUCCACGGGAUGGAUUGCAUGGCAGUAGUGCAAGCAAGUGAAAAUUUGGUAAACGUUUUUGUUUUUGCUUAGGUUUUUACUGUUUCUCCCAGGAUCAAUAUUUACGCAAGGCGUAUUUUUUAAAACAAGGGAAGUGUACCGCUUGUUGGCAAUACUUACUGCGCAAUGGAACGCGUUUUAAUCAGUUCGACGACAGAUUGCUUAAGAUCUUGUGAACCGGUUUUCCUUUCUUGGAAGAAUAUUUUUUUAAAUUAAGGCAAGAAGACAAGAAUGCGAAUGAUUGUAAAAAAAUGAUUGAGCAAAUUUAUUAAGUAAAGCAAAGUGGAAAACACACAUCUAUUUGAAGCGUAAGGAUUCCUUAACGAAUGAAACGAUUAGUUUUUUUUGUUGUUGUCUAGAGUUAAGUAAAAUUAGAACUCACGAUCACGCAUCAAAUUUAUUCGUAAUUGUGGUAGAAUGUUUCUACACAUGAAAGUCUAGUAAAAGGGUAUUUAUAACAAUUAUCGUAAUAAAAUAUUUAUUGAAUAUACAACAAUUACUAGAAGUUAGUGUAAGUUGAUUAGAUUGUGCUAACAGUAGAGACUAUUCUCUUAUUAAGGUACAUUAUUCAGUGUAAAAUUUGUCCAAUUACAAUCUAGCUAUUGUCUGAAGCUAACUAAGUUCACAAAGCCCUGUUUGUUAUUCUUUCGACACGAUCUUCUGAACAUCAAACGCUUCCGAGGAAGAACUGCAAGCCUGCAAUCUGACAAAAGUACCGGCUGGAUUGUGCUGUUCCUGAGGGCCACACGUGCAAAUAUAGAAACAACCUCGAUCAACUCGAUGAUCAACACAAAUUUAUCCUGACCCGCAAUCACAGAGUUCUCAUCAGUAAACCGCAGGCAGACGAACGGUUGAACUGUCGAAACUAUUCUACUUAUCGCAGUGGAGAGUAAAAGGCUAUCUAAUCACAUCCCAUGCAAACGCGUUCGUUAGAUAUGCCCGUCGUAAGGGUGGUCUAAUACUUCUACCUACUACAAUUAAAAGUGAGUAAUUUUAAAUUUGUGGUAUUGCCUAUGAGGAAAAUAUGAAUUCAUCUAAAUACACAACAGAGAAAAUGCUAACUAAAAAUAAAUAGUUUAAGAAUAAAUAAAA